AUGGCUGGAAGCCUCAAUGCCACCGUCCGCGCAGGAUUGCGAAAUACGGCGAGACUAACGAGGUCUCUACGGGCGAGCAAAAGCCCGCUUCUUCGAGAGUACUCGUCUGCUACCACGCCUCCAACCUCCCCCUUUGCUCCUCGCCACCUUCUUUCCAUUGCGGAUCUCACUCCGGCCGAAUUCACGACCCUGGUUCGCAAUGCAGCCUCACACAAACGCGAUAUCAAGUCCGGUUCUAUAUCGAGGAACCUCCAGGGGUCGUUGUCGGGGAAAACCGUGGCCAUGAUGUUCAGCAAACGGAGUACCAGGACCAGGAUCUCGACGGAGGGAGCGGUGGUACAAUUGGGCGGCCAUCCCAUGUUUCUGGGGAAGGACGACAUUCAGCUGGGAGUCAACGAGUCCCUCUACGAUACCGCCGUGAAGUCGCCGAUCUGGCAAACAUUCGACGGUGCCGGUGAUCAACGCUCUGUGCGACAGUUCCACCCGCUUCAGAUCAUUGCGGACUUCCUGACCAUCUACGAAAACUUCCCGAGCCACGCUUCUGCCGGUCUGUCGAGUCUGGGACUGAACGGGUUGAAGAUCGCAUGGGUGGGUGAUGCGAACAAUGUCUUAUUCGACAUGGCCAUUGCGGCCGCCAAGAUGGGGGUCGACCUGGCCGUGGCCACCCCCAAGGGCUACGAGAUUCCGCCUGCCAUGCUUCAGAUCAUCGAGCAAGCGCGCUCCGGUGCUCCCUCCCCGGGCAAGCUUACGCAGACGAAUGUCCCGGAAGAAGCGGUCAAGGAUGCAGACAUACUGGUGACGGACACCUGGGUGUCGAUGGGACAGGAGAAGGAGAAGGCGGAGAGGAUGAGGGCUUUUCAGGGUUUCCAGAUCACGUCGGAACUGGCCAAACGAGGAGGUGCCAAGCCCAAUUGGAAGUUCAUGCAUUGCCUGCCGCGGCACCCAGAGGAGGUGAGCGACGAGGUCUUCUACAGCAAUCGUUCUCUGGUCUUUCCCGAAGCAGAGAACCGAUUGUGGGCGGCGAUCUCAGCGCUGGAGGCAUUUGUUGUCAACAAGGGGAAAAUUGAGUAG